AAAUUCGUCCAUCUGCAAGUCACAACAGGGGAAUGAAGUCAUUUAGCCGCAAUCGCGGAAUUCAUCUUAGAGAGAGAGAGAGAGAGAGAGAUUUUCGCUGUCGAAACUCGAAACUCGAAACUCGAAUGUAGAGAUUCAUGUAUGGAAAGUUCUUUAGAUUUCUUGAAAUGAAACAAGGAUUUGGAGAGAUGUUUCCAACCUGAGAAGCGCGAACGAAAAUUUGAGCUCUGAUUUCUCCGGACUCCCAAGGUUUUCAAUCGGUAACGGUGUCUGUUAUUGUUCUUUCUUUGCAAUUCAUUCCCAAUCGAACAUGCAGAUUUUGAUUUUGGUCUUGGUUUUGGUUUCUCGUUAGAUCUCUGUUUCGAGUUGAGGGGGAUAAAAGAGUUGUUGAGGUAUGGGUGAUUUAAGGAUGGUGUUGAAGAUGUUGAGUUAUGUUCAUAGAGGUUCAGUGAACGUAAGUGUGGAGAAGUCUCGGGUUUGGCAACCUUGUAACAAGAAGAGAUCGUGAGGUUUGUGGAGGAGGGGGAGUGGGAGGGGAAGGGACUGAGAACUGAGAAAGGAAAUUUUCUCAAAUAAGAAGAGAGAGGAGAUUGGAGUGAGUGGUUUUCAGAGAAAAAAUUUGAAGAUUCAAAGAUGGCCUCUAGCUCUAGUGGCAACACCACCAGUGGUAGCCGAAGGCGUGUUGGGAAGUAUGAGCUGGGUCGAACACUCGGAGAGGGCACGUUUGCUAAGGUGAAGUUUGCUAGGAAUGUGGAGACCGGAGAGAAUUUUGCCAUUAAGAUCCUUGAUAAAGAGAAGGUUCUCAGGCAUAAGAUGAUCAGUCAGAUCAAACGUGAAAUCUCAACCAUGAAAUUGAUCCGGCAUCCAAAUGUCAUACGCAUGUAUGAGGUGAUGGCCAGCAAGACUAAGAUAUACAUUGUAUUGGAAUUUGUGAAUGGUGGUGAACUGUUUGACAAAAUUGCUGUUAAUGGUAGGAUGAAGGAAGAUGAUGCAAGAAAGUAUUUUCAGCAGCUUAUAAAUGCUGUGGAUUACUGCCAUAGCAGAGGUGUUUCCCACAGGGACCUGAAGCCAGAGAAUCUGUUGCUGGAUGUAAAUGGAAAUCUCAAAGUUUCAGAUUUUGGAUUAAGUGCAUUACCUCAGCAAGUUCGGGAAGAUGGGUUACUUCACACAACAUGUGGGACACCAAAUUAUGUUGCUCCAGAGGUGGUCAACAAUAAAGGUUAUGAUGGAGCAAAAGCAGACCUCUGGUCAUGUGGGGUCAUUCUUUUUGUCCUUAUGGCAGGUUACUUGCCUUUUGAAGAUUCUAACCUUAUGACACUGUAUAAAAAGAUCUUUAAGGCUGAAUUUUCUUGUCCUCCAUGGUUCUCAACAAGUGCAAAGAAACUAAUCAAAAGGAUCCUGGACCCCAAUCCUGUAACGAGAAUUACGAUUUCUCAGGUGAUAGAGAACGAAUGGUUUAAGAAAGGAUAUAAGCCACCUGUUUUUGAAUCAGCAGAUGUUGGUCUUGAUGAUGUGGAUGCUGCUUUCGAUGAAUCAGGGAAUUCUGAGAAUCUUGUUGUGGAAAGGUUAGAAGAAAGGCCAACCAUGAUGAACGCUUUUGAGCUCAUUUCAACAUCUCAGGGUCUCAAUCUUGGUACUCUAUUUGAAAAGCCAAUGGGACUUGUUAAAAGGCAAACGAGAUUUACAUCUAAAUGCCCUCCCAAUGAGAUUAUCUCAAAAAUUGAAGAAGCUGCCACACCCUUGGGGUUUGGAGUGAAGAAGAAAAACUACAAGAUGAAGCUUGAGGGCUCAAAAACUGGACGGAAAGGCCAGUUGUCCAUUGCAACAGAGGUUUUUGAGGUUGCCCCAUCCUUAUUUAUGGUCGAACUUCGCAAGUCUUCUGGAGAUACCCUGGAGUUUCACAAUUUUUACAAGGAUAUAUCAACUGGGUUGAAAGAUAUUGUAUGGAAGGAGUGAAAGGAAGUGAAGUAAAUAAAUGACGGUGUUGCAAACUGUUCGAUGCAAGUUAACUGUACAUAAUUAAGACAGUAGUGGUGUGUAUACAAUGGCUUUCACCUGUCAACCAAUAAAAAUUCAAAUGUGCCUCUGUUGAAUCAUGUGACCAUUCUCUUUCUAUUAAUUGGUAAGCUUCCAAUGAUGGAUAAACCAAUACAUUGACUUCAGGGAAAGUUUAACAUUCUACUACUCAGAAGGUAAACAUUUCAUUAACAUUGGAAGCAUAAUGAUUCUGCAUAUUAAGAAGUAUGUGAAGACAUAAAAGUUCAGCUGUAAUACACAAUAUUCAAGUUAAACAGGACAGGUUUUCAUCUGCAGCAGCAUCCCAUGAGAAUAAGAUGCUUUCCCUUUUGUGGAGCUUUUCGCAAA